AGCAAGGCAUACUCAUAAAUAAACGAAAUUAAGGGGCUUAAUCGACCUGGAAUAUUUGCCUGCUGCCCUGCUUUUUUAUAUUUUUAACCCAAAUGCACGAGAACCUUUGUUGACAGUCGCGACUUUCCCACUCAAGUCGAAACCUCAACGCACAGCUAACCCUAUUCCCCUCUCCUCUUUUAGCUUGGAGGGGUAGUGGUAAUCGUCUCGAACUCGUAUCUCUUUUCUAAACCGUCUCUUUUUCAUGCAUUAUUUCGCUUAAUGCAUUCGUCUUUACUUUUCAGUUUACAGCUUGUUUGAUCUGGGAGAUUUGGAUUGUCGUGCUUGCUAAAAUGCUUCCGCUUUCUCUCCUCAAAACAGCCCAGGGGCAUCCCAUGUUAGUGGAACUAAAGAAUGGGGAAACUUAUAAUGGGCAUUUGGUAAAUUGUGAUACUUGGAUGAAUAUUCAUCUCCGUGAAGUCAUCUGUACUUCGAAGGAUGGAGAUAGGUUUUGGAGAAUGCCAGAAUGCUAUAUUCGCGGGAAUACAAUUAAAUAUCUUCGGGUUCCAGAUGAGGUGAUUGAUAAAGUUCAAGAAGAAACUAAAAGCCGAACAGACAGGAAGCCACCUGGUGUAGGGCGUGGCAGGGGAAGAGGUAGAGAAGAUAAUGUUGGUGGUAGACAGGGAAGAGGAAUUGGGCGUGGGAUGGAUGAUGGAGCUGCCAAAGGCCGGGGAAAGAGUGGCCCUGGUGGCAAGCCUAGUGGAAAAGUUGGAGGUCGCGGGCGAGGCUAAUUAGUUUGAAGGGUCCAUUGAUAGCCAGGGUUGCCAGCCACUUAUAACAGAGAGGGGCAUGGUAGACAUGUUAAAGUGUGGAUUGAAGAAACAUCUCAUCUCUUAUCCUGCUACCUCUUAUGGUUGGAGAAUCAUUAAUGAAAAUGUAUUUUGGGUUAUUCCUUUAUUGUAUUGUUGUCAUUAUUAUUUGUUACUUGUUAGUGGGAUGGAAUGUAACUAGCCUUUUGAAAGUGUUUUAACUUUGUGAAUUCCAUUUGUGAUAGUGGGACUGGAAAGUGAUCUACACUUGACUGAUAUGAUAAAGUCAAAUUUUUUACCUCCCAAUUAACAUGAUCAACAAUUUUAUGCCGUUGAUCCUUUGAGGCUGGAUUUUUUGUUGGCCGUUAAAACACCC